CCCAACAAUAAAUCUUAAGGGAGAAGAAAUCUCAAAAGCUGUAUCAGUGUCAUCUUUAUACGACGAUUUGGCGCGUUUUCUUUCAUUUUUCAUCUCCAUCAUCUACAUUCUAAAAUCUAAGAGUUUCUCUCUCCUCGGAAAACCUAUCUUUCUCUCUCUAAAACCCUCUCGAUUCACCCGAGGUAUCCAUCCAUGUCUUCGAGCGAGGACCGCUCUGAGAUCGCGUUCUUCGACGUCGAAACGACGGUGCCGACUCGAUCCGGUCAAGGAUUCGCCAUUUUGGAGUUUGGAGCCAUUCUGGUUUGCUGUAGGAAGCUCAUCGAGCUCCAGAGCUAUUCCACGCUCGUUAGACCCUCGGACCUCUCCCUCAUCUCCUCUCUCUCCGUUCGCUGCAACGGCAUUUCUCGCAACGCCGUCAUCUCGGCCCCGACUUUCAAUGACAUCGCCGAACGGGUCUACGACAUUCUCCAUGGACGGAUAUGGGCAGGUCACAAUAUAUUGAGAUUUGAUUGUGCUCGGAUUCGAGAGGCGUUCGCAGAUAUUGGACGACCAGCACCGGAGCCAAAGGGUACAAUUGAUUCGUUGGCGUUGUUGACUGAGAGGUUUGGCCGGAGAGCCGGUGACAUGAAGAUGGCCACCCUCGCGACAUAUUUUGGGCUUGGAAAGCAGACACAUAGGAGCUUGGAUGAUGUUCGAAUGAAUCUUGAAGUUCUCAAAUACUGUGCUACAGUCUUGUUCUUGGAGUCGAGCCUCCCGGACAUAUUCACAACAAACAGUUGGGUUCCUCCAAAUGCUUUAACAAGAAGUCGUAGUAAUGGAAAAUCAUCUCCCGUGGGGGCAAGCAAUUCCAAUAUCCCCGCAUAUGAUAAUGGCCCAGUGUCAUCUUCCACGUCUCGAAUAAUGGUUGAGAAUCACUCAAUAUCAUGUCCAUUCGCUCAAAGCAGAGGAGUAGAAGUCUCUAAUCCAGUACAAUCUAACUCAUCACGUCCAGAUCCUUUUAACAUGGCCCCACUCAGCGCUGAAAUUGCAAUAGAAUCCCAUCAGUCCGAUGUCAACAUGGAGGAGAAAUCCAUUCCAGAGUCUCCAGAUGUUUCUUCCACACCAGCAACAAAUUUGCCUAAUGGCAGUUCUGUUCCAUUUCUAGUGCUUGAUGAAGUUUCUAUUUCUUUUAUCCGUGCCUCACAUGUUCCAUUCUAUCGUGGGAGUCUGAGGAUGAAAUUAUUGCACAAAGAUAUCACUUUGCAACUUCAAUGUAGUCGUCUGAAAGUGCGUUUCGGAAUAAGUGCGAAGUUUGUUGAUCCCGCUGGCAGACCACGGUUGAAUUUUGUUGUUGACGCGCCACCAAAUCUUUAUAAACUUCUCGAUUCAUGUGAUGACAUCGCCCGGAAGUCAUCUUUGAAUUCGGGCAGUAGCUCAGAAUGGAGGCCUGUUGUGACUCGAAAGAAUGGCUUCUUCAGCUUCCCAACAGUCAGAUUGCACAUACCAGCUGCAGUAUGUGGAAACAUAGCUAUAUAUGCGACGGAGAUCUAUCAAAAGGAAAAUUCUGGCUCUGAGAAGAGGUUAGUUUUUAGCACAUUUGAUGCCUCAGAGCUUAGUACGUUGUUCACGCCUGGGACCUUUGUGGAUGCAUUUUUCUCCUUAGACCCAUAUGACUAUCAGCAGCUUGCAGGCAUUAAAUUGGUGGCCAAAAAAUUGAUUAUCCAUUCAGAUUGAUGAUACGAGAGACAAGAUAGGUUCUCUAAUUUAUUUUAGUAUGAUUUAUGGCUAUGUCACAUCAACUACACUACUAGACUUACAUAUAAAAGUUUCUCUGCUUUUCUUUCUUUAAAUGUAAAUUGUAACUUUAAAAUUGUUGUACAUCCAAAGUAGAUAAUUGACGAUCUUUUUCGUCAGUUUCUACUUUCUAUGGAUUCUUAGGGUCUAUUCUUCCCUCUAAGGUGUAGCUUCGAAAAUGGUGUUAUGUACUUAUUGGAGAAGGAAGGAACGGUUCUGGAGAAUUGUUAUCUUAUUUAAAAAAUGAAAUUUCUUUA